AUGUUUGCCGACAUAGUCUAUCAAAGUGGCGAUCAAUACAUUCAAAAUUCUGAAGAUGUUCAAGUCGGUCUUCUGAUUUUCAUUCCAUGUUUUAUUGGUCUUAUCAUGGCUAUUAUUGCACUUUGGGGUUGUUAUUCGAUUCCGGCGAUGAAAUCGUCUUUUGGAUAUUUGACGAGAUAUGAGAUGUUUUUGAGGAUUAUUGCUUCAUCGAAUAGUGGAAGCUUUUAUUUGUUGGGGGUUUUGUUGUGAGUUUUUUGGAGAGUUAAGGUUUCUAGGCGUGGCUUCUUGACGCGCUAGCUCUCUAGAGUCGGGUCCUAGACAAUGAGGUUUUCUAGACAUGGCUGCUUGACAUAGGAGCUCUCAAGGCGCGGCUCCUUGCUGGAGUAGAUUCCUAGGCUUGGGUACUUUGCAUAGUAGCAGUUCGGAGUACUGUAGAGCUUGGAAAACUUUUUGAAUAAAAUUUUCACUGUUUCAAAAAAUUUUGAAAAUCUGAAAAUGUUUGAUUUUGUGUUGUUUGUUCUUUCUGCUCUCUGUUUACUAAAUAAAAUCUAUAGAUACAGUACCCCAAACUGCAAAAAAGUUUUUGCAGUUUGGGGUACUGUAGAGCCUAAUUUAAAUUGAAAAUAUGCUUUUUUGAAUAAAAUUUUCACUGUUUCAAAAAAUUUUGAAAAUCUGAACAUAUUUGAUUUUGUGUUCUUUUUUUUCUCGUAUUUACAGUACACCGAACUGCAAAAAAUUGCAGUUUUUUGCUGUUCGGGGUACUGUAGAGAACAAUUUCAAUAAAAAAUAAGUUUUUUUAAGUGAAAAACUUCACUGUUUCAAAAAUUUAGUUGCUUUAAGCCAAAAUCACAAUAGCGAAACCGCGCCUAGGUUCUCUAGGCUUGGCUUCUUGGCACCGCUGUUCCCAAGGCGCUGAUCCUUGACAAUUUAGUUUUCUAGCAUCGGCUACUCAGAUAGUAUGCUCUAUAGGCUCGGCUACUUGACAGCUAGGCGUCGCUACUUCGGACCUAUGCUCUCUAGACGCGGCUCCUUGCCUGAGUUGAUCUCUAGGCGCGAGUCCUAGACAUCUAGAAUUCCUAGCCUCGGCUACUUGAAAACUAUGCUCUAUAGGUGCGGCUACUUGAAAACAAGAUUCUCUAGGCUCAUCUGCUUAACAUAGGAAACUUCAAAAGUAACCCUAACCCAUCCAAAAUCUUUAUUCUCCAGUGAUAUAAAACCCAUCAUCAACAACUCCCAAAUCCCUGGCCUAAUCUCAACAACCCUAAUCCCAAUGCUCGCCUCAAUGUAUUUUCUAAUCUCCAUAAAUCGAUUCCUGGCCAUCGUCACGCCCUUUUACUACAGCGCAAUUUUCAAGCCAAAAUAUCGUCGGAUUUAUGUGGCGCUUUGCUAUUUUGUGCCAAUCAUUUAUACACCACUUUUCACGUGGUAUUGUGAGUUACUGGAAAUUCAGAUGAAGCAAAACAUCAAGAAAAAUGUCUGUUUCAGAUGAUUGCGGCUAUAAAUUCUAUCAUUAUGGUUGGGUAUUCUCAUUUAUCAUUUCUGAGACUUGCGGCACCAAAUUUGAAGUUUUGCUACGCGGUGUUCAAAGUGUGGUGACUAAUACGACGUUCUUUUUGGAUAUUUGUACUUUUGUUUUGCUGGUGGGAUUUCGGGUGAGUAGAGGCCUUCAGAGGCCUUAACAGGACUUAACAAGGAUUAACAGGGCUUUACAGAGCUUAAGAGGACUUAAGAGGGCUUGAGAGGGCUUGAGAGGGCAUUACAGAGCUGAAAAAGGGCUCAACGGGGAUUAAAAAGGCUUUAAAGGCCCUAAGUGGACUUUAAAAAGCCUUUAGGGACCUCGAAGAGCCUUAAGCGGUUUUAACAGGGCUUAAAAACUUUUAGGGGCUUCAAAGGGCUUAAAAAAUCCUUUAAGGACUUCAAAAGACUUGGAAGGGCCUUGAAGGAUUUGAAAAGGCUUCAGAAGGCUUGAAAAGAUUUUACAGGCUCAAAAAAGGCUUCGAAGUUCUUAAAUGGGCUUAAAAGGGCAUUAAAGCCUAGUUGAAAAACUCCAAACUCCGAUCAUUCCUAGAAGUUCGCAAUCUAAAGUUCCCAACUUCCAGAAACGCGUGCUAAAAUCCAAAAGUGAAGAAGUCCGUAAACGCGAAGUGAACUUCGGUCAACAAGUCGUCAUUCAAGGCUUCGUCUCAAUUCUCUACGUCCUAUUCUACAGUUUUGCCUACAAAUGGAUUCCGGGAAAUAUUCCCGAGAAAUGGAAGAUAUUCUGGACCUCGUCGUUUCUCGCCAAUUUGCUACAUAUUUUCAGCACGUGGGUUUUCCAGAUAUUUUCAGAUUAAAAUAAAAUUUACUGUUUCAUUUUAGAGGUGUGAUCUUUGUGUUCAACGCUGAAUUUUCCAAGUGGCUUAGAUGUGGCGGAGCUGAAGUUCAAGCUACAUCUACAAUCAGUGUGGUUCAAUCGUAG